AUGCCACAAUUUUGGAAACAAUUACUUAGUAACCCAAAGAGUGCUUCAUCAGAAUCUCUUCCGACAUCUGAAGACGCACACUCAUCUUCACAAAAUAUUAAAUCUCAACCGAGACCCAUUCUAACAAAUAGACCAUAUUCAUACAGUUCAAUAUCAAGUUCGACAAUGAAACAAGUUUCGCCAAAUAAACCACGUAAUCCUUCACAUUUAGGUUUAAAUUCUCAUAAGAGUGAUCAACCAGCUCUCGGUACAAGUGUAGGAUCUGCAGAGUUUAAAGAUCAUAGAGACAGAUUCCUUACCGACAGAAAUGGAUUUGUUGGUCGUGUCUUUGGUGUAUCAUUAUCUGAAUCUCUGAGCGUAGCAUCUGCCGAAGUUAUUGUUCAGAGUGAAUUAGUAAGUUUUGGUAGAAUACCUAUUUUAAUUGCUAAAUGUGGUGCUUAUCUAAAGGCUAACGCCUUGGAGACACCGGGGAUAUUUCGUAUCGCAGGGAAUGGGAAAAGAGUUAAAGAAUUACAAUUCAUUUUCUCCACUCCUCCUACAUACGGUGCUAAAUUUAAUAAUUGGGACGCAUAUAGUAUACAUGAUGUCGCAUCUUUAUUAAGGCGAUACCUUAAUAAUUUAGAAGAACCUUUGAUACCAUUAGAAUUCUAUGAAAGUUUUAGAAAACCCAUACAGGAUAAACCAAGAAUCAUUAAACAUAUGUUAAGUCGUCAUGUAUCUCACCCAAACGCGAAUAAAGAAAAUAGUGUUACCAUAGAAGAUAAAUCCAAGGAAAAAAAUGGCGCAUUUCCAGUCACUAAUGGAACUACUACAUCACCAUCGGAAGCCACUAUGGACCCUCAAGAAGUACUUGCAAGGUCUCAUAGACACGAAUCUUAUGAAGCUGAUAAAGAAACAGAGGCCGAAGAUACAGAUGAUGAAUCAAAACGAAAGAGGAAACAACGUCAUAAGAAGAGACUUGCCCGUGAUAUAAAGACUACCAUUAAAGAAUAUGAAGAACUAUUUAUCCAGUUAUCAAAUGAUACAAAACAACUAACAAUAUAUUUGCUUGAUUUAAUGAGUCUUUUCGCCAGACAAUCACAACUGAAUUUAAUGACGGCCAGAAAUUUAGCUGCUAUUUUCCAACCAUCAAUGUUAUCACAUCCACAACAUGAUAUGGAUCCAAAGGAAUAUGAACUAUCCAGAUUUGUAGUAGAAUUUUUAAUUGAAUACUCGUACAAAUUGUUACCGAAUUUGCUUAAAAUUACCAAAGAGGAACAAGACAGGAACAUAAAAAAGACCUCAAUAGAGAAUGGUCACGACGUUGCCAUACCUACCCCAAGAAUUAUUACACCUAAUAAUGCUUCACAAGCAAGAAGACCUACCGAUUUGGAGAGAAAUUCUUCAAAACAAUCUGUUAGGUCCAUUACACCAAAUUCAUUACUGGGAUCUGGAUCAACGAAUGCGAUAGAUAUACCCAAUAGACCAGCAAAUCAAAGAAAUUUAUCAAACUUAUCAUCUUCUCCAAAAGUUAGUGAUAGAUCUCCAGAGAAACAAAUGCAAGAUGCUCAUAAAUUGGGAAUGUCAUUGCAAUUACAAAUCCCAAAGACCAGGACUAGACCCCAUUCACGAUCAAUUGGUUCAGCACCGGUACCGCCUGAUGUGAUAUCAAGUAACAAACGGAAAACUAAGUUAUUUCCUUGGCUACAUAAACCUGGCAUUCUAAGUGACACAGGUGAUAAUUCUGGUACUGAAGGUGAAGGAGAUGAUUUCCUAAUGUCUAAUGAUGAAGAUGGAGACGUGUCAAAUUCUCCAAUAUCUAAAAAAAGGUUAGAUAUACCUAAAAUUGCUUCAAAUAUGGAGAAAUCCAAUUCCUCUUUGGGACCUGUCUAUUCUAACGACAGCUCUCCACUAAAUUCAACUAGCUUAUUAAGGGUACCUCAAAGUAAAUCACCAGCCAGAGUUGGUUCUAAUUCUUCAAGCAGAGUUAGACCAAUGUCAAUGUUUUUAGAUAAAACGAAGAGCAGAUCAGUUGAUGAAUUAGGCUCUGUAUCUAAUGGUGGUGGUUAUACAUCGAAAGGUAAUGAGAGUGAUUCACGUUCAUCUAGAAGUAAGAAAAGAGAAUCGUGGUUUCAAAGGUGGACAAGUAGAUCCAAUUCAGCAACUAGAACUUAG